GUUUUCAUUUGGAGCGCGGGGAGGCCAGGCUUGCGGUGCGCGUUUGAUUCCCCCGCCGUGCCGCUUCAUCUUUUUCUGAGCGGGUUUUCAGAGAGGAUAGCUGCAGGGAGGGCGAGCUGAGCACCGCGUAUUAACGGUGGUGCCUCGCCCCGGUGGGCCAUGGGCUGCUCGCCCAGCCGGGGGUACGUACGAGACGGCAGCGGGAGCGAGCGGGAGCGGGCCCGGAGGAUCUUCCGCCGGCCGAAGGUCAGCAUCCGCGUGGGCCCCGCGGUCAAGCCUCUGCAGGGCGACGAGCCCAGGAUCGUCUUCAUCUUCGGCGGACCUGGUUCGAGGAAGGGCAUCAUCAUCGACCGUCUGAUCCAGAUGUACGGGUUCAUCCUCCUGUCGGCGGAGGACCUCAUCCUCCACCAGCUGCCGAAGCGGGUCUCGCACGCGAUCGACGUGCGGAACACCCAGGGCAUGUCCAGCCUGCUGCGCGAGGACCCCUCCCACCUCACCCUGGACUGGGUCCUCAAGCUCAUGGGCGACCGGAUAUUCGCCGACUCGGAGAAACACUUCCUGAUCGACAUGGUGCCAAACCUGAAGUUUCUCCUGAAGGUGAAGAGCUUCAUGAAGGACUGCACGGCUGAGAUGGAGGAAUUCGAGGAGCACCACCCCUGUGCCUUUGCCCUGAACCUCGCCAUUCCUGAGGACCGCGUGCUGAAGCAGGUGGAGGAGGCCCUGUGUAAGAAGAAACAGGCGGAGAACAUGCCGGAGGUGGACCAGCAGCAGACGGACGAAAUGGACACGUCACGGACACGGCGGAGACAUGAGCUGUACCAGAGCAGCGUGAAGGCGUUUCUGGACUACUUUCAUCAGACGGAGCGUGUGGUGACUGUCGACGUGUCAUGUGGCAUACCGGAUCUAAUCUGGGGGAGGGUGCAGUCGUUUUUUGGGGAGCUGGACUUUAAGCCAAGAAGACCUGUCAAAACUGUGGUACUUUUUGUGCUAGAGGAAGAAGAUCUGAAGGGAAUUGAGCUUGCAAAGUAUGGGAUUGUUAAGGUGAACCUUAACGCACUGUCAGGUGAUGACGGAUGUUACGGUUCCGACAAACUUCUCAAGGCAUUACACGACUACAUGCAGGCACUCUCCCAUGAUACCGAGAACUUUGCAGUGGUGUCCCAAGACUCCUCCGACCUUAAAGUGGCGUCUGUGAACGAAAAGACGACGGCAAGAUCCCAGAAAACUGACCACGACAUGGAACUGGAAGGGCUGGAUGCAUCGGUCACUCUGGUCAUCAAGGCACCAAACCAGAGAUAUCACGACCAAACCGUGGAGUGUGUUCUCGGAUGGACGGUCAAAAAACUCAAGUCACAUCUAGCCGAAGUGUACCCAAGUAAACCGACUGAGCAACAACAACGACUGAUCUAUUCAGGAAAACUCCUGGAGGAUCACCACCUGUUGAAAGAUGUGCUAAGACAGUAUGAGGAGACAUCGACCCACACAGUACACCUGGUCUGCGCCCCUACGUCUGCUGAAAGUGCUUCCUACGAGCAGAUCUCCAGAACUCUUCCCACAGAAAUGGUCCCACCUUCCGUAGCACCAGGCAGUGUGAGCCAGACGUCAGCACCUGAUGCAGGUGGCUUGAGACACAGGGGCGCACCUGCGACACCUGCCAGCCCUUACCACUCCCAUCAGGCUUACUACAUGUACAGUAUGAUGCAACAGUACGGAGCAGGAGCACAGGUUCCCAUGACAACCACCGCUGGCUAUCCCAUCAACCCUCAGCAGGCCUAUUGGAUGCAGAUGUAUGGACAGUACGCACAGCACAUGGCUUACAUGCAGCUUGCUCAGCAAUAUGGAGGUUUACCUACGACCACAGCGGCACCAAUGGCAGCUGCGCAGGUCCAACAGCCUGUAGCAGUAGCCAAUCAGAACAUAGUGCCCAACCAGCCAGCCAACCAGAGGCCGGAGAACGUCCGGAUGAACGCGCAGGGCGGGAUGGUGAUGGACGACGAUGAUGAUGAAGAGGGGAACCGUGAUUGGCUGGACUGGCUGUACACGUUGAGCCGCGCGGCGGUCCUGCUGAGUAUCGUGUACUUUUACUCAACAACCUCCAGAUUCGUGCUACUCCUCGUCGGACUGACACUCGUUUACUUGUUCCAGGCAGGCUGGUUCAGAGUUCGGAGGAGACAACCGCCGAGGGAACCGGUCGUCGAGGCUCCAGCGAGAAAUGAGGCCAGGGCAGAAAACCAGGACCAAGCGGAGGACGAAAAUGGCGAAGGAAGCGGGACGGAAGACGAGACAGACACCCCAGCGGAACCACCGCCCAUCCAACAACCCGGCAUGUUACUGACAGCAUGGACCUUCCUUUCCACAUUCUUCACUUCCCUCAUUCCGCAACAGCCUCCCCCCGUCAAUCUCAACUGAGACAGCUGGCCGUCCUGUCUGACGGUUCUUCAUUUGCACGUGAUGUCACAGCUGAUCGGUCUAGUCAGUGUGGGAGAGUCAGGCCUGUAGAUUUGCUUUUGUUUCAGUGUUCUAGCCAGCCUUUCUGUCAUUUAACAGAAUUUUGCCCAAUUCGUCAAAAAAAAUCAGUGUAGUAAAGAUGAGAUGUCAUUCAACUAAGCUUAGUCUACCAGCAAAAUUUACCCCCAUUCGCAUUCGGUUCUCAACAUGAAAUUCCAUCAAACAACAUUGAGAUGACAGAAAUAAAAUGUCAGGCUGGCCAGAGCACUGUUUUGUAUGCAUCACAGUCUGUACUUAUGUCAUAAUUACGUGAUUGUAUUAUUACCUCUACAAAUUCAAAUUUACCUGGCAACUUCCAAGUUAUACUAUUACCACCCAACAAGGUGCACAAUACUUUCAUGUACAUCAUAAGUGCAAACAGUCAAUACAAGACAGUUGUAACUUUGUAACAUAGCUAACACAAAUUCCUGCAGAACACUUACAUGUGUGGUAGAUAGUUACAGACACUUGGUCCUCCUACAUUUGCAUAUUUCAAAGAAUCGGUGUGCCUCCUGUGAUCUUACUGUAAAGGAGGCUGCAAUAAGUGAUCUUAAAAUUUGUACAGACAACACAGUGUUACGAGUAAAGAGAUGUGUAAAACAAAACAAUUACCAGAAAAACUUGACAUCCUUUACCCCUAGUAUUUCUCUGUUUUACAGUGUUAAGAAUCAACCUAGGGAUGUCAUGUUGUAUAUUGGCUAAUUCUAGUUUGGGUCCCUUUCAGUUUUUGUUCUUCCAAUCGCUAAGGAGCUUUUGCCAACCCAAGAUAUAAAGUGUGGAAAUGAAAGUAUGUUUACAUGUGUUUGUUGUCUACCACUCUCUGAAGUGCCUUACUCGAAAGUAUCGUAAAAAAUUAAGGCAUUGUUUUAACCUUCUCAAGGCUGCCUAAGGGACUGAGUUGCCUAUCCACAUAGCCAAUAGGCAAUCAGUAAGCUUAACGGCUACUUCAGUGUGCUAAAGGGUACUAAAUAGGUGGUGGUAAUGUAUUGAUUAGUCGGUGGUAAAUCCGUAGGUUUGUGGUUUGCAAGGAAAAGGAAGUAAUCGGCGGAUGUCAAGGCCAUUUGUGUGUUGUUGUUUUUUUUUUGGAGAAGCCAUGACAAAGCAAUAUGGACGAUGCAAAGGAACAACCUUACUAGCUGUGUGAUGGUGAAUACUCGUGUGGAAGUAUAACAUGUACAAUUAUGUUUUAUGUCACUCACGCUAUGUAUUACCUCCUAAGUUUGUAUUCUGAUAACCUUCCUUGGGUGCCCUUGGAGAACAGGUCUAUUUGACUGAUGGGACUACCUAACUGAAUUCAAGAUUAUAAUGGUGACGUUUAGUUUUGAUCCAACACCUCAGAGUCACCAUGAAAUUUUCUGUCAGACUAAUCAACAUUCGUCAGAUAAAUGAUCCACUCACUGACUCUCUGGAAGUCGGAAGUGGAUGACAUCAGGAGUGAAUCCAAAGUGGCAGGAAGAUGGUUUUGGAUCAGAGCUAAACUUUACCAUUAUAAUGAAUUCUAACACCAUUUGAAUACAAAAUUGAUGAAUAAUUUAAGUGUAAGAACAAGAGACACCCAAUAAGCAAGUUUAAAGUUAAAACUUUAGAUUCAACACAACAAAAUUCUCCCAAGAGCUUUUUAAGCAAGUUACAGAAUAUCUUUUAAAGUCCAUGAAAGGACGCAGGACUUAAAACUGUGUACAGAAGAACAUUAUUAUGAAUAAUGUAUACAUGUAUCCUAUAAUUGCAGAUAUUAAAUGUAUAGCCACAUGUAUUAUUAUUGUAUAUUUGUAGAUAAUCAUAUGAUUUCUUAUUCCUUUCUGUAUUGUUUGUAUGGCCAUGCCUCAGGUCAGAGCCAUUUUUUCGUCGUUAAUUUGAUGUCUUUAUUUUUUCCUUUUAUUUAAUGUUUUAAGUUUGAACAGUUACUUCUUUCUUUGCCUUUCUCAACUGAAAUGAUGACUUUAAUGCAGAGGCUUCAUCUUGCAAAUAUGGGUACAAAAGAGCAAACAAAAUGUACUGUACUAACUAAACAAGGCAGCCAAAAAUACCUUGUUACAAUAAUAAUAUUGCACAUGAAACGUUUUGAUAUCUUGCCAUAAGAAUGUGCAAAAUAAGGUUUUGGAAUCGAUAGAUUCAAUAUCAACUGAAUAAAGGUACUGCAUUGAAAAUAUCGAAGUGUCAUAUGAAGUGUAUAAAAUUAUAUAUUGGUGAGAUUGUUCAAAUCAAAACUUGGUCACCAGACUUUUGCCUGUACCUGAAUUUUGAAACGCAAGAUCUACAUUAUAUUGAAGAGGUGGAUGCAAGUGGAACACACAGUACAUUGUGGUAGUGGAAAUGCUAACAUCAUGAAAGUGUUGCUCUUAUGAAAUAAAUCCCACAGCUUUA